AUGACAUCGAUCCGGUAUUUCCUGGUCUCCACGGUGCUGCGCCGAGGACAGAACCUCACGGAAAAGAUCGUCCAGAAGUACGCCCAGGGCACCAACAAAAAGGUGUUCAGCGGCGAUUACGUCACCAUUAAGCCCGCCCACUGUAUGUCCCACGACAACUCGUGGCCGGUGGCGACGAAGUUCAUGGGUCUUGGCGCCAAGCACGUCAAGGACAACCGCCAGAUCGUGUGCACGUUGGACCACGAUGUCCAGAACAAGCUGGAGGCUAACUUGAAGAAGUACGCCAACAUUGAAAAAUUCGCUAAGGAACAAGGCAUUGAUUUCCACCCUGCCGGUAAAGGGAUUGGUCACCAAAUCAUGAUUGAAGAAGGCUAUGCCUUCCCCUUAAAUUUGACGGUGGCCUCAGACUCUCACUCCAACACUUACGGUGGGGUGGGGUCUUUAGGUACCCCCGUCGUCAGAACCGAUGCCGCUGCUAUCUGGGCUACUGGUCAAACGUGGUGGCAAAUCCCCCCCGUGGCUAAAGUGGAAUUGGUCGGCGAAUUAGCUCCCGGUGUUACUGGUAAGGAUAUCAUUGUUAACCUUUGUGGCUUAUUCAACAACGAUGACGUGUUGAACCAUGCCAUUGAAUUCACUGGCGAUGGUGUGGCUAAGCUCCCCAUUGACUACAGAUUGACUAUUGCCAAUAUGACCACCGAAUGGGGUGCUCUCUCCGGUGUGUUCCCCGUGGACCAAACUGUGGUUGACUACUAUAAGGACAGAUUGAAGCGGUUAGGCAACGGUCACCCUCGUAUCAAUGAAGAGACUAUUGCCCAAUUGUCUGAGGAUGCUAAACAGUACCAAUCGGACCCCGAUGCCGUCUACGCUAAGCACUUAGUGGUGGACCUUUCCACUUUGAGCCCCGCCGUGUCUGGACCCAACUCCGUCAAAGUGUCGACUCCCUUGGCCGAAUUGGCGCCUCAGGAUAUCAAGAUCAAUAAGGCGUACCUUGUGUCGUGCACCAACCUGAGAUUGCUGGACAUCCAAGCCGCGGCCAAAGUGUUGAAGGGGAAGAAGAUUGCUCCCGGCGUCGAGUUCUACGUCGCCGCGGCCUCGCUGAACGUGCAAAAGGAUGCUGAACACGAUGGUGCCUGGAACGAUAUUCUUGAAGCUGGCGCCACUCCCUUGCCUGCUGGCUGUGGCCCUUGUAUUGGUCUUGGUGCUGGUUUGCUUAAGGACGGCGAAGUGGGUAUUUCUGCCACCAACCGUAACUUUAAGGGAAGAAUGGGGUCUAAGGAUGCCUUGGCGUACUUGGCGUCGCCUGAAGUGGUCGCGGCGUCGGCGGUAUUGGGGAGAAUCGGCGGUCCCGAAGAACUUGAAGGUAAGCCUGUCCACCCCACUGUCCCCGUGAAGAAGCUGAUCCAGCUGGGCUCGUCGGCGGCUACUGCCACCACUGAAGACGAUGGCGCUGCUGUCGAAGUGUUGGACGGGUUCCCUAAGCAGAUCACGGGUGAACUUAUCCUUUGUGACGCCGAUAACAUCAACACUGACGGUAUCUACCCUGGUAAGUACACGUACCAGGACGACAUCACCAAGGACGAGAUGGCGCGGGUGUGCAUGGAGAACUACGACGGCGAGUUCAAAAACAAGACAAAGGCCGGCGAUAUCAUUAUCUCGGGUUACAAUUUCGGCACGGGGCUGUCGCGGGAACAGGCGGCCACGUGUAUCCUUGCCCGAGGGAUGAAGCUCAUUGUGGCGGGGUCAUUCGGCAACAUCUUCUCGCGUAACUCGAUCAACAAUGCGUUGUUGACAUUGGAGAUCCCCGACUUGAUUAACAAGUUGAGAGAAAAAUACAAGGGCAGCGACGAGUUGACGAUCAGAACCGGGUGGACGCUCACUUACGACGUCACCAAGGCUCAAGUGACGGUUACCGACGAAAACGGUGACGUUGUCUUACAACAAAAAGUGGGUGAAUUGGGCACUAACCUUCAGGACAUUAUCGUCAAGGGCGGUCUCGAAGGCUGGGUCAAAGAAGAAAUCAAGAAGUGA